AUGAAGUUUAGAUAUUCAGCCAGGACACAUUCCAUAAAUCUGGCCUCAAAUUCGCAAUCACCGGUGCGCUCGUUCAAGUCUGACAUUCACCUUGGGAGAGCCAAUCCCACGAAGUCCCUGGCCACAAUCUUGCAUGUUGCAACUAAUACGCGAGAUGGCAUAUCCUCACCUCAUGGCAUUUGGACUACCUUGCAAAUUGAAUUUGAGAGACAAGGCGAUGAAGAUUGUCUCAAGUUCAUAUUCGAGCUGAAAUGGAAUCAGUCUGGUAUUGACCAGGGAGUGCGCAGCAAGGCACAGCGGACCCUGAGUCGCCAGGUCCAAGACACUUUUUUUCCAAAUCAGACCACCGCAGCUGCCGGCGCAUCUGAGGGUCUUUUGCCUCGAGCGUUCUACGAAGCAGCUUUCAUUCCAAGAAAGGAGGAAUACACGGAUCUCUUGUCACUCUCUAUACCUCAUCUCACGUCAAAGCUCUAUCCUUUCCAGCGCCGAGCAUUACAAUGGUUGUUGAGCCGCGAAGGUGUUCGUUGGAUUGAUCCUGGUUCUGACUGUUCAGCUGGAGCUGGACUCGAGUCUCACCCCAUUCAACCCACUUCGGACCUUCCAUUGUCUUUCACCGAAGCGAAAGAUGCCGAUAGUCGUACCUUCUAUCUCAGCGAUCUCUACCAUGUAGUCACCCGAGACGUCGAACCCUUUCAUGAGCUAGAAACGUCCAUCAGAGGUGGCGUACUUGCCGAGGAGAUGGGCCUCGGGAAAACAGUCGAGACUAUCUCCAUGAUAUUGUUGCAUCAACGACCGCCACAACCGGCUCUGGUUUUUGACAACUACACUGGCUCAAAAGUGCGCCCGACCGGUGCGACUCUCAUUGUUACUCCAGCAACCUUGAAAAAUCAAUGGAUCUCCGAGUUCGAUAAACACGCCCCUCACCUGCGUGUCGUCGAGUAUCGCGGAAUCAAAGCCUACAAAGGACGUGAGGAUGAGCUCCUCACAGAGUUGGCUGAGCAUGAUGUUGUAGUCACCACGUACAACGUCCUACAAUCUGAGAUCCACUUUGCGGAAACCCCGCCAGAACGUUCAAUGCGGCAUGAAAGGAGACAUCCUCGACCCAAGUCGCCAUUGAUGCAGCUCUCGUGGUGGAGAGUAUGUCUCGAUGAAGCUCAACUGGUUGAGAGCGGUGUGAGUGCCGCGGCCAAGGUCGCGAGGUUAAUUCCUCGAGUAAACGCUUGGGGAAUCACCGGUACGCCUGUCAAGGAAAAUAUCAAGGAUCUAUGGGGCUUGUUAGUUUUCCUUCGAUAUGAGCCCUUCGCCUCUUAUCCAGCAGUCUGGGACGCCGUUACAUCAACGCACAGGGCACUGUUCAAGACAAUCUUUCAUCGCAUAUCACUUCGCCAUACCAAAAGAGCAGUGCGAAGUGAGCUCGCUCUGCCACCUCAGAAACGCUAUGUCAUCACGAUGCCGUUCACAGCUGUCGAAGAGCAACACUACCAGUCGCAAUUCCAAGAAUUGACGCAGAGUUGCGGCCUGGACAAGCGGGGUGCUCCUUUACAUGACGAUUGGGACCCAGAUGACCCAGCUAUCCUCGAGUUGAUGAAGCAUGCUUUAGCACAGCUCCGACAAACAGUGUUGCAUCCAGAACUCGGCCCUGGGAGGCUUCGUGCCGUAGCUCAAAAAAACAGGCCGCUUCGAACGAUAGAAGAGGUCUUGGAGGCUAUGAUUGAGCAGUCGGAGUCUGCUAUCAGGACAGACCAACGAAACUACCUCGUGAACAAGCUAAAGAGAGGUCAACUCUUGGAGAACUCGCCCAGGGUCCGAGAAUCGCUUCAGAUUUGGCAAGAAGUCUUGGACGAGGUGAAGGUGUCUGUAGCAGAAAGCCGCGAACAGCUUCAAGCUGAAGUUCUCCAUGCGAAGCAAGCUGGAAUCGACGAGCUAGAUGACUCUCAGAGCAAGAGCUCCGAGAGCUUCAAAAAUGCGGAUGAGGAACAAAUCCGUACUCGAGUUGGGGAGGCACGCCGAAAAUUGCGGUCCGCCCUUGACAUGGAACACCGCGCCGUCUUCUUCAUCGCUAAUGCUUAUUACCAGAUGAAGUCAAAUGAGGAUAUGACGAAACCCGACUCUGACGAGUUUCGCCGCCUGGAGAAGUUGGAGGUUGAUGGCUACGAAUCGGCAAAGCAAAUCCGAAAAGAAAUCUUGCAAGAGGCAUAUGCGAAAGCCUCAUCGUACAUGAAAAGAUUGGCGGAGAGCGCUGAUACUCAGUCUUUCUCCGAAAUUCCUGGGUUCAAGCCGGUUGAAUAUCGCGGCCUUGAGAGCAGGCGGAUAUCGGAAAAUCUGGAGGCGCUUUGCUAUCUUCUGGAUAACCAAGCGGGCUUGAUCGACGAAUUUCGAGAGCAGGUUAUUCAAUUGCUUCUGCGCCCCCUGGUAGAUGAGGACGAGGAAGUAGAGGCUACAGGCGAAGAGUACGAAAACUCGACAAAAAUACAGGACUCUCUGAUGGCGUACACACAUGUCCUACGUGCGACUAUCGCUGACCGACAAGAUGCACUUAGUGGUAUUGUCAACAAUAGGAUCCAGCACGAAACAAAAGUUGCCGAGCGCCUGGCAAAGGAUGGAGAAGGUCCCGACCCGGAAAAGAUGCUGGAGCUUCUGCAGGAGCGAAAAGCACGCAAGCCAACACCACAACAAGGAUCGUUUCGAGGAAUUAUCUUGGAGAUGAGAGAAUUGGCCACACAGCUUCGCCACGAAGCCGCAAACGGCAGCAAUCGUGCCCAGGUCGAACUGGACAUCGUCCAGCAGCAGCUCAAGAUGACACAAGACCAAGUUACGGACCAGAAUAAAGCAGCUCUUGCUUUGGAAAAGGAGCUGGAGCUAUUCACUGCCGCCAUGAAUGCGCGAGUGGAGUAUUAUAAACAACUCCAAGUAGUUUCUGAUACGGUUGCGCCAUUCGAAGUUCCUGAAGAUCAAAACAUCAGCGUCAAAACACUUAUGGCUGGGCUUCUUGCGGAGGAGCAAGCUUUCCAACACAAAGUGGCAAGUGCCGAGUCCAAGCACCGUUAUCUCCUUCACCUCAGAGACGCAGGUCAGAACUCGCAAGAACCCAAGUUCUGUGUCAUUUGCCAGUCUUCGUUCACGCUUGGUGUUCUCACCAUCUGUGGACACCAGUUCUGCAAAGAAUGCAUGACUUUGUGGUUUAAGGCACAUCACAACUGCCCAAUUUGCAAGAGAAAGCUGGAUCUGAACAUGCUGCACGACAUUACGCUGAAGAAGCCGGAGUUCAAGCUCCACACCGAACACAACGCAAUGCCAAUCCCUGAAUCAUCACACAAAGCAAGGAACAAAAGGUCGGGCAUCUAUUCCGAGUUCAGUGACGAGAAGCUCCAAGCCAUCAAAAACAUUGACAUUGAUGGUCCUUCCUUUGCCACCAAGGUUGACACGCUGAUCAAACACGUACUCUGGCUCAGAGGGGCAGACCCCGGUGCGAAGUCCAUCAUAUUCUCCCAAUUUAGAGAAUUUCUCGAUGUUGUUAGGCGAGCCUUCACUCACUAUCGCAUUGGUUUCACAUCCUUCGACGCGAAGGAUGGCAUAUCCCGUUUCAAAGAAGACCCGGGCGCGGAAUGUUUCUUGAUGGACGCAAGAUCUCAUGCUUCUGGCUUGGACCUCGUCAACGCUAACCACGUGUUCCUGUGCGAGCCAUUGCUCAACACAGCGCUGGAACUUCAGGCCAUUGCCAGAGUGGACCGAAUUGGUCAAGAACAUGAAACGACAGUGUGGCUUUACCUCGUCCAAGGGACGGUAGAGGAGUCAAUCUACAACCUCAGCGUCCAGCGACGAAUGGAACACAUGGGUCGGAACAGCAAGGGCAAGUCAAGAGAGUCGACACCAGAGAUAUCGGACCUCAACUUGGAAGCCGCCAACUCAUUGGAACUCGAGCAGGCGGCGCUGAAAAAGCUCAUGAGUAAGGAGAAACAACUGGGGGAGGAGAUUGACAAGAGCGAUCUCUGGGAAUGCUUGUUUGGGCACUUGUCGGACGGGAGACUCGGGCGGCAGGAUUCGCAGGCCAUGGAUGAGCGGUUCAAUAACGUGGCUGUGAGGGGAUUCCUCGCUGCCGAGGCGGCCGAUGCGAGGAGAGAGGCCCGAGAAGCGGGGGAGCCCUCCGGGUCCGCAUUAGCCUAA